AUCAAAAACAGCCCGAGUCAAUUAAUACAGCUUAAACAUGUAUUUUAAGAUGAUUGUGGCGUUUCUGGCGGUGAUGUUGGGCGUGGCGAGCGCUGGGCUGGUUGGAGGUCCUAUAGAUGCAGACAUGAACGACGACGGAGCUCAGAAUGCGUUACAGUUUGCAAAGGCCCAGUUCAACAAUCAUUGCUUUAAUGAUUCGUUUGUGCUUCAGAUUCGCGAAGUCGUCAAGGUUCAAAAACAAGUUGUCUCGGGCCUGAAAUACAUCUUCACUGUGAAAGUGGCCAGAACAUCUUGCAGGAAGGGUGGAGUUGAGACCCUGUGUGCCGUUCAUAAGGACCCUGCUGUUGCAGACGUCACUCAAUGCAAAAUAGCAGUCUGGAGCCAGCCAUGGUUAAAAUCAAUUACAGUAGUUGAAAACACCUGCAUGUAGAGCAUGUUUCUAGUGCAGUUUGAGGCUUUUUAACAAUCA